CAGCUACGGAAUUUGCUCUAAAGAAAUAAUCCUCAGGUCCCACCGAGAGCAAGCGUUCCUUUAGACUCGCGUCUUGGUAUGAGUUGACAAGUGAUGAAUAGACCAAAGAAGACCUGCCAUGGAGGGAGUACUGUAUAAAUGGACAAACUAUAUAAGCGGUUGGCAGCCUCGGUGGUUUGUGUUGGCAGAGGGCACCCUCUCUUACUAUGACUCUGAGGAGGAUGCGUGGAAAGGAUGCAAAGGCAGCAUCAGGAUCUCGGUGUGUGAGAUCCAGGUUCAUCCAACAGAUAUUACACGGAUGGACCUGAUCAUUCCAGGAGAGCAGUGUUUCUACCUCAGGGCUUUAAACGCAGCCGAGAGGCAGAAAUGGCUGGUGGCCCUUGGAACAGCCAAAGCCUGUCUCACAGAUAACAGGACCAAGAGAGAGAAAGAGCUCCAGGAGAACACAGAGGCUAUAAAAAUCAAGAUGUCGGAGCUUAGGCUGUACUGUGACCUCCUCCUGCAGCAGGUGAACAAAUUUAAGGAUAUCCCCCUGAAUGACGCCACUGACAAUACAGAGGCAGGUAGUUUGGUGAAGUCGACGUGUACGACUUUUCUGAGGACUCUGGAAGAGUGUAUGGAGAUCGCGAGUCGAACGUUCAGCCCUGACCUCCUGACCCUGACUCCGCCUGGGUCUCCCCCUGUUGCAGCUGUUAAACCACAGAAGAUCAAAACUGUCAAUCAAACAAGUCACCACAUUGGAGAAAAACAGAGGGAGUCUGCUCCCAGCUCAGGAAACAGAACUGCACAGAGUAAAGCACAGGAACCAGAGGGGAACCCAGCCACGCCCGAGAACACACAGACACCUGUCACAGAAGGGGCAGAGAUUAAAGAAGCUGAGAGCAUGCGGACAGCUCAGUACACACAGGAGCCUGCUGAAGGAGCGACUGAGGAAGACAGCGGUGAGGACCGAGAGGAAGAGCAGCCUGCUCAGAACCUACAGGAAGCCCCACCCAGUCGCACCCCAGACCCAGAGCAGCAACAUGAGGACCAGACAGGGAGUGAUCCUGCCACUGAUACGUCUGAGAAAACACUGGAUGAGACAGAGGAGGUGGAAACGUUCUUUAGCAAAAUGAGUCACAGAUUUAGUGAUAUUAACCUGGACGAAGACAAUGGCAUCCCAACACAAGCCUUUCUGGAGUCAUGCUAUGCUAUUGUACCAGUAUUAGACAAACUCGGACCCACUGUCUUUGCUCCAGUGAAAAUAGAUUUUGUAGGAAAUAUAAAGAAAAUCCAGCAGAAACUGGUCUCAGAUCCUGACAGUUUCCCCACCUUGCAGGCCAUCGUCCUGCACGAGGUGGAGACAGACGUAGCUCAGGUCCGUAACUCUGCCACGGAGGCUCUCCUGUGGCUUAAACGGGGCCUGAAGUUCCUAAAGGAGUUCCUGUCAGAGGUGAACGCCGGAGAGAGGGACAUUCACGGAGCUCUCAAUAAGGCGUAUGCCAAGACCCUGCGGCAGUACCACGGCUGGGUGGUCAGGGGUGUGUUUGCACUGGCCCUGCGAGCAGCCCCCUCCUACAGCGGCUUCAUGGCGGCGCUGGUGUCCCAGGAGGGUGAUGAGCUGAAGGAGGGUUUUUCCAGGGGAAUGAGACGAGACCUGGGCGUUUACCUGUCCGCCAUGGAGACGCAGCUGAGGAUCCUGGAUGAGCUGUAUGAGGAGUACAGCCUGGAGUCUGAGGAGGUGGUGUGACAGAGAGGAGCAAACCAGCGUUCAGGCACGGCCUCUCCACGCUCCGCGUAUUACACCACACUCCUCCGGAGGAGCGCUCCACCAGCUCUCCACACGGAGGCGAAAGAGCGGAGACUUCUCAAAGACAGUGAAGCUCCUGUCGGAGAAAAAUGGCCAUUCUCUCUGACCCUGCUGGGGAGUGUCCGGCUGUCUGUGGGUAAAGUGACUGGUAAAAGGGUCGUGUGAGGGUUCAGAGGGGAUCUGAGGUGAAGAGGGUUAGACGUCUUCUGCCUCGUACAGCGUGCAGGUGUGUGGUGUGUUGGUAUACCAGCCAUGGGCUACACACUGACACUGUGAACGUUACUGAACACAGAGCAGACACCACAAACAGAAGGCCUGUUAUUGUCUGUUUUAUAUGUCGGCAGAACAUGCCAUUCCAGUCAUCAGACAGAGCCGGAGAGAGGGAAACACACUGCAUUCCAUG